UGGAGCUGCCCCGGCGGCAAGGAAGCCGCCAGAGCUCCGCGAAGUCUCUCCGUCGCUGCAGGAGCCGGAGGCGAAGCUGGGAGCGGGGAUCCCGACUCCCUCAGUUGCCGGUUGCCUUCUUGGAGCCGCAGAAAGGGAGGGCGAGCUUCCUGGCUGCUCUACCAUGACCUCCCGGCCACCUCCAGGCGGUGUUUGCAUGUUUUCUUGCAAGCGACAGCCCCUGCCAUGUAACCUGACCUGUGCAGCCAGGGGCCUUGCGCGGCGGCGGUGGCGGCGCGGAGGCAACAGCGGCAGCGCGGCCAUUGAGAGCCUCUUUUGCUCCUGAAUCUGUGUGAAAGUGAUUUGAAUUUGGCUCGGCGGCGCUCUGCGCAGGCGUUCAGCUGCUGGCAUGGUGGCUCUUUGCAAAGCAGCUGUUUUGGGUUUGAAAUUCCAACAUGGCAGAGGCUGCAGUCAGUCUUCCCUUCAAAAACUUGGAAUGAUUUCAAAUCGGAGGCGUCUUCGCUUAACCCGAGCCCCAAUUCAUCAGCGCGCCGUAAGAAUCGAUUGUGCCCGACCCUCCAGGUUAAAUGAAUACCUGACGAAAAGGCCCACAUUUCAAGACAGUGACAUUUGAUAGCGGAGAGGAAAAAGUGGCAUUCAUGAAAAGCAACCUUUGGAAUUCCUGCUUGUGAGAAGAAGGAGAGGAGGAAAAAAAAUUCCAAUUCAGCUUUUUUGUGCUGCCAGCAAGAAAUGAUCAGUAGCACCAGUGUUUAUGCAACUCUGGAAGAAAUCUAUCUCUUACAGAGCGGGUUAUGGGGCAACGAAAGAGGCUUGAAGAUGCAGUGGACGCCAGAACAUGCCCAGUGGCCAGAGCAGCACUUUGACAUCACUUCGACCACCCGCUCUCCCGCCCACAAGGUAGAAGCUUACCGGGGCCAUCUUCAGCGCACCUAUCAGUAUGCCUGGGCGAACGAUGACAUCUCUGCUCUCACAGCCUCAAAUCUGCUAAAGAAAUAUGCAGAAAAGUAUUCCGGCAUUUUGGAAGGGCCAGCCGAACGUCCCAUCCUGGGUAACUAUGUGGAGCCUCCAUCAGGGCUGGUGAACGGUCGCAAAAGCGAAAGUGAGUCGUGGCAGUCUUCUUUGAACUCUGAGAGUGUUUAUCCUAUGAACUGUGUCCCAGAUGUUAUUACCGCCAGCAAAGCUGGAGUAAGUACUGCCCUCCCUCCGGCAGAUGUCUCUGCCAGUAUAGGGAGCUCACCUGGGGUGGCUAGCAACCUGACAGAACCUAGUUAUUCAAGUAGUACUUGUGGAAGUCAUACAGUCCCUAAUCUCCAUUCAGGGCUCCCAUCUCAGGAAUAUGCCGCAGGAUAUAACGGAUCGUACCUGCAUACAAGUUACAGUGGCCAGCCAGCACCUGCACUUCCUUCACCUCAUCCCUCUCCUUUGCAUAGCUCUGGGCUUUUACAGCCACCCCCUCCGCCGCCGCCACCACCAGCUCUAGUGCCAGGCUACAAUGGGACAUCUAAUCUUUCCAGUUAUAGCUACCCGCCAGCCAGUUAUCCCCCUCAAAGUGCUGUUGGGCCGGGCUACAGCCCUGGUGGAGCACCACCUCCUUCAGCCUAUCUGCCUUCAGGUAUCCCUGCCCCAACUCCUCUCCCCCCCACCACAGUACCUGGGUACACCUACCAGAGUCAUGGCUUAACGCCCAUUGCGCCGUCGGCCCUGACCAAUAGCUCAGCAACUUCUCUCAAGAGAAAAGCUUUCUAUAUGGCAGGGCAAGGAGAAAUGGACUCCAGCUAUGGAAACUACAACUAUGGCCAGCAGAGAUCUACACAAAGCCCCAUGUACAGGAUGCCUGACAACAGCAUUUCCAAUGCCAGCAGAGGGAAUGGCUUUGACCGAAGCGCUGAAUCCUCCUCCUUGGCCUUUAAGCCAACCAAACAAAUCAUGGCUUCUGAGCAGCAAAGGAAAUUUAACCAGUCCGGUCGGGCUCUGACGCCCCCUUCCUAUAGUUCUGCUAAGAAUUCCCUUGGCUCCAGAGCAAGUGAGCCCUUUGGGAAGUAUAGCUCUCCUGUCAUUAAUGAACACAGCGAAGAACAUAGGCAGCUUCUGCCUCAUCCAAUGCAAGGCCCGGGACUUCGUGCAGCUACCUCAUCCAACCACUCUGUGGACGAGCAACUGAAGAACACUGAUGCGCACCUCAUGGACCUUGUGACCAAUGAGAUUAUCAGCCAAGGACCACCAGUGGACUGGAAUGACAUUGCUGGACUAGAUUUGGUGAAGGCUGUCAUUAAAGAGGAGGUUUUAUGGCCAGUAUUGAGGUCAGAUGCAUUUAACGGGCUGACUGCUCUACCUCGGAGCAUCCUCUUAUUUGGACCUCGGGGCACAGGCAAAACAUUACUGGGGAGAUGUAUAGCUACCCAACUAGGUGCCACAUUUUUCAAACUCACAGGUUCUGUUCUUGCCACAAAGUGGUUGGGAGAAGGAGAAAAAAUCGUUCACGCUUCCUUCCUGGUGGCAAGGUGCCGACAGCCCUCGGUGAUUUUUGUUAGUGACAUUGAUAUGCUCCUUUCAUCCCAAGUGAGUGAAGAGCACAGUCCAGUCUGUCGGAUGAGAACCGAGUUUCUUAUGCAGCUGGACACCGUGCUCACUUCCGCUGAGGACCAAAUAGUUGUCAUCUGCGCCACCAGUAAACCAGAAGAAAUAGACGAAUCGCUUCGAAGGUACUUCAUGAAACGACUUUUAAUCCCACUUCCUGACAGCACAGCCAGGCACCAGAUAAUAGUACAGCUGCUUUCACAGCACAAUUACUGCCUCAGCGAUAAGGAGGUUGCACUGCUAGUCCAGCGUACAGAAGGCUUCUCUGGACUCGACGUGGCUCAUUUGUGUCAGGAAGCCGUCGUGGGCCCUCUCCAUGCCAUGCCAGCCACAGACCUUUCGGCCCUUAUGCCCAGUCAGUUGAGGCCUGUUACGUACCAAGACUUCGACAAGGCUUUUUGCAAAAUACAGCCUAGCAUCUCUCCAAAGGAGCUCGAUACAUACGUCGAAUGGAACAAAAUGUUUGGUUGCAGUCAGUGACAAGCCGUCUCUUUUUUAAAAAAACAAAAACAAAAACAAAAAUAGUGAAACAAAAAAAAACAAAAAAAAUGUAAUGAAUGUUGGUGCGCUCACACACAUAUGUACACACAAACCUGUUACCUAGGAACCCCUUUUUCAGUCGUGUUGAGAUUGUGGAAGGUUACAGGGGGCGGGGGUGGGGAAAUGGUCAUGUUGCAUCUGAAGAGCCAGGUUUAGGCUUGAAGGAAUAGUGCAUCCGAGGAGAGCUGUCGAUCUGCGAAGCCACAGAUGAUGAUAGGAUGUUAAUGUUCCCUUCCAUUCCGUUCAGACUAGACAACACACUCACCAUGGAGGGGUUGAUAUUUUUUUUUUAAAGAAGGACAUGAACCCUGUGUGUUGAUUCAUUCUGCUGUUUUUUGAGAUUUAGUUGCUUUCAAGUGCCUAAAGUGGUGCUUUAUUUUUUUCCUUCCUUUCUUUCUUUUUUGUUUGCCUCACAAUUACAUUGGUGGCAUGUGCUAAUAUAAAGAGCUUUAACUUCAAAAUGUUAUGGGACUAAAGACAUGAACAGUUGUGUUGUGACAGAGAACCAGGUGUGACUUUGGUUUAGUUUUGCUUUUUUUUUUUUCUUCUCCUCCUAUUUUGGCUAGUCUAAAAGCAACAGUAUUCCUCAAUCCUGUCUGUUCUGCGGUAUUAAACUAAGAACAGGUAAAACAGGGUAACGGUAAUCUGGACUUUAAUUUCUGCGGUUUGUUUUGUUUAUUGUUCUGUCUGCAAAAAAAGGAAAAAAAAAAGAAAAAAAACUCAGGAAAGUGAUUGUGAUUUGUACAGUACCUCAAAGGAAUGUGUUGAAAGCACUAUGUACUGCUGAGAUUUAAUAGGCUAGGCUUCAAUGUUACUUUAUCUUAAAUAUGUAUGUUUACCUCAAUGGUUGGGAAAAAAAAACGACAAGGAGAAAUAUUUUGAAUGUAUUAAGGAGCAAGCUGAAGCGUGCUAAAAAGAUAAUCUUCAAAACUUUGAAAAUACAACAGGAGUAUCCCAGUGUUUAAGAAACGUUUCUUUCUUUCUUUUUAACCAAUAUUGGGGAUCAAAUUGGAGCAAGGCAAUUUUCAUGGCAGUUGUGUGUGGAAGUCCUUAGUCCUUGACAAUUUUGUGACAAGUCGGUAGAGAGCGUACAGACAAUAAAAAAGAAAGUCCCCCUGUUGAAUUAUCGAAUCAUCUGGGACAGUCAGAGACGAAAUCUGAUUAGGACUCUGAGAGGCAAAUUACCUUAGACCACACGAUACAACUUUUGUAUCUCGGCUAGGGUUGUAGGCAUCUUGGUUGCCCCAAUGCAUCAGUAGCACAGAAUCCUUGUAGGUCCCAGAGAGCUUAGGGGCUGCAGAGCUGUUUACAGCAAUGCAGCAGAGAGAGACCAAACAAACAAACAAACAAAAAGACAAAAUUGAGCCCUCAAAUGGCAUCUCUCUUCCUCUUUGCUUUGCAUUUUCACCACCAAAUGAAAAGUUAUCCCUUUGUUUCAUGUGUGCUGUUGUUGCCUCUUUCUGUUUUCUUGAUGCCUUUGUUUGUUUUGUUUUUAAUGAGAUCGUUCCAUGGUCAUUAGAAAUUCACCCGGCUGGAAAAUGCCCACCAUUUUAUUUCUACCUCAGAUUUUGUUUUAUUUCCCUUAGAGAGGCACAUAAAGAGCAGGACAAGCCAGAUUACCACUAGCAUGCAGAGCUGUUGAAGGCCCUAUUAACACAUAAUCCUAAACUUUGGAAAGAGCCAGCUUUGUGUAUGGCGAGGUUUUCUCCCAAGUAAGUGUGUGUGGAGAAUUGCAGUCAAAAAGAAAAGAGGAUUGGGAAGGGAAUCCUUCUGCCUCUUCUCCCUUUGCCCGACCAGGGCAAAUGGUGACUGUUUUCCUUCAGGAAAGAGAAGCUAGAUAGGAUGUGUGGCAUUUUAUUCUAUUUGUGCCCCUGCUCCACAUUGUCUCCCUUUUUUAUUCUUUAAUGCUUUUAUGAGCAAUUCUUUUCAUGACAGCUGACUGAUGCUGUAAUGUCGCUGAACAGUAGAGCAAUUCAAACCUUCGCAGCCACACGAGCAGAGAGCAACCUCUCUCUCCCCCUCCCUCCCUUUCUCUUUCCCUCUCUGGUUUUUUUUCUCAUGUAAUCUCUUGUUUACUUUAAAGAAACGGCAGCAGAACAAUUAGAAAUUACUGGCAUUUAAUGUUACUUUUAUGUAAUGUACCUUCAAAUCCAUGAAAUAAAUGCACUGAAGAGCUCUAAUGAGAAAAAGACCAAUUAGUCACCUACUUAUUUUGUCUUUAAAGCUACUGCCCAAUUUUUACACUUGGCAUUUCUUCAGCUAAAAUGUUAAUUUUCAUUGCUAAAAACUGAGCAAAUAAACCAAAAUGCACAUUCUAUAAGUCCUUUUGUUCAUUCUAAACUUAUGGGUGGCUUCUAAAAGGCAGAGGAGUUCAUUAAAAAGUAAAACAGUGCCUUUCACUAAGGAUAUAGUAAAAUAAGUCUUAAUAAAUGCUUUGCAUUUUCAAUUAGCAAAGGUCUUUCUUUUUUUGUUUUUUCUCUCCCAUCUAUUUCUUCCAUUCUAUCUUUUCCAUUUGAGAAGAGCCACAGUCGCCUUCGUCAAAUUCAUAUUGAUCUUGCAGAUGGCUUUCUGAUGCAUAUUGCUGACCAAUCUUCUGACUUUUAGAUAUCACAUUAUGCUAUUGUGCUGCCGUCCAUUUGAAAGGUUCAAACAUGUUUUGAAAAACUAAAUUUACAAUUGCAUCACCUCUGUCUAUACAUCCUUUAAAGCUAACAUUAUCUAAUUUUAAGGUGACACCAAAUACAUUCAGUUCAUGUAUAUAGCUACAGUAUAAUCCCAGUAGCACUUCAGUUUAAAUUGGCUUUGGAAUCGGCAGGUGAUCAGUUUAGCUCACAUUUUACACUGUGUAUUUGAGGAAAAAGCAAAUUAUUCUUCCAGUGAGCUUCAUAAAUAAAAGACUUAAUUGUGAGGUUAAGAAACUUCAGAGAAUUUAUCCUCUCUCAAAUGCUUUGAAUCUUAUAUUGUGGAUUCGCUGCUGAAAAUAUCAGCCCAUUUUCUCCCAAAUGGCAAUUAGCUACAACUAGUGAGGUGUAACGUUUAUCUGACAUGAAAAUAAUAGUUUUGUUUACUGUACUGCCCUUGUACAAAAUUAAGGCAGGCUAUAACUCACUCUCAGCUCUCUGCCAAUGGAGAUUCCCUGUUAAAUAGUGAGACUUUUCCUGGUUCACUCAGAACUUAUUGGUUCAACCCUGAGCUACAAAUACUAUCCUUUUUUUAGCCAUUGGGUUGUGGGGUGUUUGUUUGUUUUUGGUUUUUUGGUUUUUUUGCACUUUUUAGACAAAUAAGGCCAUUUGUUUCUUCUGCUGCUACAUUUAGGCCUGUAUGGAAUUGCGAUCAUACACGAGAAGAUUUAGCUUUUGAUAGGGAGUUCGAUACGGCCAAAAUAUACUAACGUUCUGAAGAAGUAAAAUGGUUCUGCCGUGUUUUUCAUUUGAUUGGGACUCAGGAUUCUGCCUGAGUAGAGCAUAAAAUGAUGAGGUUGUAUGGCCAGAUUCCACACGAGGCAAAUCUUCUACAUUUUUAAUAAAAGGGAGAGUAUUAAUCGUUAUGUCUUUUCCACCAUUACAUCUUUGUGAUGGCUAAAAUUCCAUCAGCUCAAUUUUCCUUUCACUGCAAAACGUAAUUAUUCAAGGCGUAUAGCUUGGCUUCAUCAUUUGUUGGAAAAUUCUAGGAAUAAUUGAAGAUAAACAGAUGCUUCCCUUUCUACUUGAGACAAUUUUUCAUUAGGUAAGACUUUAUUCUCUCUCUCUCCUCCCCCCCACCCCCCACCCCCCAGUUUUCUUCUGUGGUGACAAGAACAAAUUGUAAUAACAAAAAGCAAAAAAGCAAGAGAUUGGUUUCUGCCAACCAAAUUAACAGUGCCAACUGAAAUCAUGGCAUGAUAACUUUUUCUAUAUACAAUAUUUGUAAAGAAAUCCUCACUUCUAGCAUGCUUCUCUCCAAAAUAUUUAGGCCAUUAAGGAUAGUAGUGAAAAGUUUGCUGACUGAGCUGAUCAAUGGAAUGUGAAGGCAGUUUGGGGCUAUUUACUUUUUUUUUUAAACAAAAUAUUUCUCUAUUAGUCAAUUUGUAUUCUAUUCAAAUGUAGAUAGAUGGGCAAAAUGGUUUUUCUUGUGCAUUUCAAAACCAUCAAGGAGAAAAUAAAACCUCCCAGUAAAACACAUAGGCAAAGCACCAUCUGGGAAAGCUAGCUCAUCUGUCCAGGGGCUAUGCUCUGCAAAAUAGUACAAGGUCAUUUUAUAUGGGUUAGCAUAAUACUUUGCUAGGCAAUUUUCAAAAGGAGAUAAUCUAGUGUAAAAACCCCAAUUAAUUCCAACAGAUGUUGGUAGAUGGUAAUGUGUUUACAUGUCAAAAGCUGCAAAUAAAGGUUUCUACUGCCUGAAAAUGUGUGCAACUUUGAGUAGAGGAACAGUUAUAAGUUCCAUAAUACAUUUCAUUCUAAUCUAAAAAUAUAAGUCGUCUUUUAGAAAGUGAAAUCUCAGAAAUACAUGCUAGAAAUGAGUAAGUUUUGCAGAAACAAAUCUGUGCAAGUCUAUUUGUUUUGGUGGAACUAUCCCUGUAUACCUAACCUCUCAAAAGUUUAGGCUUUCUUCCUUAGGCAGGUCAUGUGCGCAAGUUCCAUUGAUGUGAUUGCCUAAGAGUCCCCUUUUAUGGAGAUUCUCAGUCAUCCAGGUCAUGGUUAUAUCUCAAAGGUUCUUUUUCAAAAGACAACUGGACUUUCUUUCUUUUUUCUUGAAGACGUUUCCCUUCUCAUCCAAGGAGGCUCCACCAGUUCCGGCAGAAUAGUGGGGGAUGGACGGAUCCUUCCAUUCCUCUCCUCUCGCCAUCCUGCCAGAACUGAUGAAGCUUUUUGGAUGAGAAGCGAAAUGUCUACUAGGAAAAACGAAUGUCCAAUUGCCCUUUGAAAAAGCACCUUUGAGACUAAGAGUUCUAAGGCUCUUUUCUUUGAUGUACACUGAGAGCAUAUGCACCAAGACAAAUUCCUUGUGUGUCCAAUCACACUUGGCCAAUAAAAAGUUCUAUUCUAUUCUAUUCUAACUGGAGAUAGAAGGCCAUAAAGAUCAACAUGUGGUCUCCCACAGCUGUAACACCCUUUCAUCUUGUUAUGCGUGCAUGUGUUUAUAUAAUCUUUAUAUGGACAUACACACAUAAUAUGAAGCCGUUUUUGUUCUCUCUUUCAAGGGAAAGAUGAAAGCUUUCUUUUCCUUAAUCAUUUGCAGAUUUAUACUCAAAGCACAUUGGUAAACACGGAGCUAGUGAUAUUCCUAGACCCAAAGAAGCUGCUGCCCUGGGGACUAGUCAGUCCAUGAACUGACCGUUCCCCUUUGCAAAGAUCUUGGGUUGACAUUCGAUUUUGAACCUGCCAGAUACGUUUUUUUGUGAACCAGGGAUACUGCAUCUUUAAUGAACAAGCUUUCCCCUAUUUUUCAAGGCAACACAAGAAGUGUAGCACCAGGCACCGCCAUUGUCAAAGACAAUUAGACUGAAAGCAGAAAAAUCUCACCUCCCUGUCUCAGUGAUACAUAAAAUGUCGGCAGUGUGGGUCAGCCUUGCAACCGAAUUUUGUGAGAGUACAUGAAUCAGUCCUAUAGAAUGUUAAAUAUUUAUAAAAUGGUUCAGUUCUCCACUAAAGGUUGGGAAUGUAGUCAUUCCUUCUUGUUGUCUCACGAUACACAAAGAGGAGGAGAUAUUUCCCAACCAAAACUUUGCUUGUGUAUAUCUUUCCUCGCCCCAGAUGGUUCCUGUGGUUUACAUGCAGUCCCAAGUAGUUUUGUUUGUCUCCAUAGAUUCCCACCACCACAUUUGGGUGUGUGUUCAGACAUUGUUCUUUGAAACCAUUUCUACCUCAUUACUACAUAUUGUACAUGUAGUAUUUAUUUGUUGUCUUUUUUUGAAUGUCAUGCAUUUUGUAAGAAAGACGUGUCCUUGAACUUGAACAGUCUACCUCAGAAAGACUGUCACUACACUGAAUAGUAUUAACCCACCAGGAUGAUAAGAUGCAUUAGCUGAGUGUGGCAGGGCAGAUAAUACAUGGGGACUUGGCAUACUGAUGGACUUUUAAUUGUACUCUUGUAACACAAGAUUGCUUAAGGGAACUUAAAGGAAAUCAUGCACUGUGCAAAUCUUGAUCAGUGUCUCACUUUGGGGCUUGCUCUAGGAACAUCCCUCUUUAGUAGGAUGUACCCCGAUUUGAGAGAAAGAAAACAUACUUAGACACAAGAAUUAUUAUUAUUAUUAUUUUGCAUUGGCAAUCUGGCUACAAUCUAUUACUGUUAACUGACAUGCGGUCCAACUUGGCUCUUAAAACUCAGAACAAAUGAUAGUACUUAAGGAUUAUUUUUUAUCUUCAGUGAUGUAAAAAGAAAUGUGUCACACACUGUUAAGGCUGUAAGUUUCUCACUUCCUGCGUACUAAAAUGAAACACAAUGCAUUUUGUAAGAGUCUGUGCAAGGUUUAAACAUAAACCAAAAAUAAAAAUAAAAAAAGAGGCACUUCCCAAAGGACUUUUAAAUAUGGGCUUCAAUCCUGCACAUAACUGCGCGUGUCUGAAGUUCAUUACCGUUUACCGACAUGCGCAACCAUGUGCACAGGACUGGAUCCAUAGAGUGAAGGUGCUCAUGUGUUCUGUAAUCAAAUAGUUUUAUUGUUGAUUCUGCUUUAUAAACAUGUUUGUUUUUUGGAAGUAAUUGUACACAGAUGGCACAUUUGAAGUACUUUGUAUGAAGUAUUUUAUAUUUUAUUAUUUAUUUUUGCAUCAUUUUGCCCUCCCCUUUGUCUCCACUAGCUUUGCAUUACAGUACUGUCGGAGAAGGAUACAUUUCUCUCUCUCUCUCAUUCUCAUUUUGCUUUCCUUUUGUAAGAAAGUACUGAAUGGGUAAAAUACCC